AUGGACGCUGGCUCGGCUGGGCUGCUCGUCGCUCUCCUCCUCCUUCUCCCCAUCCUGUGGUUCCUGGCCUGGAGGAGUGACAAGAAGAGGAGCCGGCUGCCCCCUGGCCCAGCCCCGUGGCCCAUCCUGGGCAACCUGUGGCAGAAGGAUGUCCUGCCCCUCUACAGGCACUACGAGAAGCUCAGCAGCACCUACGGCCCCAUCUUCACCGUGUGGCUGGGGCUGAAGCCAGUGGUGGUGCUCUGCGGGUACAAGGCCGUGAAGGACGCCCUGGUGGGACACUCUGAGGAGUUUGGGGGCAGACCCCAGAUCCCCCUCCUGAUGCAGCUCUCCAAAGACUACGGAUUUGUCUCCAACAACGAGAAGAAGUGGCGGGAGCUGCGGAGGUUCACCCUCAGCACCCUGCGGGACUUUGGGAUGGGGAAGAACUCCAUGUCCCAGAAGGUGCAGCAGGAGGCUCAGCACCUGGUGGAGCUGCUAGCAAAGCUUGAAGGCGGUGCCUUUGAGCCGAUGACCACGUUCAGACACGCAGUGGCCAACGUGAUCUGCUCCGUGGUCUUCGGGAGCCGCUACAGCUACAGCGACGCGGCGUUCCUGGAGCUGCUCGACGCCGUCAGCAACUACGUCAGCUUCUUCCUGUCCCCCCUGGCCAAGGUGUACAACACCUUCCCCGGCAUCAUGGACCGGCUCCCGGGGCCGCACAAGAGGGUCCUGGCCGACUGCCAGAAGCUGAAGGAGCACAUCCAGGAGAAGGUGCAGUUCCACCAGCUGACUCUGGACUCCAGCUGCCCCCGGGACUACAUCGACUGUUUCCUGAUAAGAGCAGAGAAGGAGCAGGGCAGCCCAGAGCCCAUGUACAGCCACGAAGACCUGAUCAUGUCAGUGUUCAACCUCCUCGGUGCCGGGACGGUGACCACCAGCAACACCCUGGUGUUCUUCCUGCUGAUGCUGGCAAAGCACCCCCAUAUCCAAGCCAAGGUGCAGGAGGAGAUCGAUGCCGUGGUGGGCCCUGGCCGUGCCCCCAGCACGGAGGACAAGCUGCGGAUGCCCUACACCAACGCCGUGAUCCACGAGCUGCAGCGCUCCCACAAGUCCCGCAUCGAGAACUUCCCGCGCAUGGCGACGCAGGACGUCCUGUUCAGGGGUUACACCAUCCCCAAGGGCACUCCCGUGAUUCCGGUACUUUCCUCUGUGCAUUCCGACCCAACGCAGUGGGAGAACCCUGGAAAAGUGGAUCCCGCACACUUCUUGGAUGAGAAGGGCGAGUUCAGGAAGCGCGAGGCCUUCAUGGCAUUCUCGGCAGGGAAGCGGAUGUGCCCGGGGGAGGCGCUGGCCCGCAUGGAGCUCUUCCUGUUCCUCACCACGCUGCUGCAGAGCUUCACCUUCCAGCUGGCCACAGAGCACAGCGAGCUGGAUUUGUUCUCCCUGUGGCUCCAGAUGGAGAGGAGAGCGAUUCCGGGCAAGUUCUUCGCUCUCCCACGCCCGGUGUCCUCCUAA